AUGACGGGCAAGCUACGCACCGCUGACGACGAGUCAAUCCAUCUUGCCCUCAUGCUCGUCUGCAAGGACAUCAUAACAGAAGUCAAUGAACUGUUCUUAAAGCGCAACGCAGUUACUGUGUCUACUGGAGGUCCUGAGCCAGCUCACACAGGUGCCCCAGAGGCGUCCAGAUACGAGCAUGCUUCAUUGCAGAUCAGAAGAACCAAGGCGCUUGUGUUGCUGUUAAAUGCGAGCGCCGUUUCUUUCACUGUGAAACAGGCUAUGGAUCUAUUUCCAGAUACCGGAAAGCAAUUGUUCAGGCUCCUGACAGGGAAGAGGCUAUGUAAGAGGCGACGAUCUUGUUUGGCCAGGCGUUCGUAUUGGUACGGCCCUAUGUCAGGUCACUCCGAGCUCCUUGAAAUCCUAUUUCAAAACGCGCAAAGUAUGUCGGUUCUUGGGUCCUCAGAGGAUGUUGCUACAUAUUCCAAGUAUCACGAAUAUUGCAUGAACGAAAAGCACAUCUUAACAACGCUAUCUACGCCUUGGGAAAUACCACCCGAUGCACAGUUCCGUGCGAUGGACUGUGUAGCUGAUGAGCCUCUUCGUGUACAACCGAGAUAUAUGCGUUCGUACUCUCCGGUCGCCCGAUUCGGCAGUGUCAUGCAAAAAAUCUCUGGUGCAGCCCGAAACAACAUUCGCACAGUGAUUCUGGAAGACUUGUACGGGAGUGUUGCUAGUCCCGAGUGCCACAGUCGGGGACUCAUUCCGCUGUGUAAAGACCAUCCGCAACUGCGCAUCGAGCGUCGAGCGAAUGUACAGGAUGCCGUUCUACAAGGCUACUACAACAGGGUUAGAGGACAAAAGAGAACCCGGAUCGUCAAAGCAUUGUUGAUCCGCGUAAUGACCAGGUGGAUCGAGGAGGCAAUGACGCUCGAAUUAGCCAGAAUGCCACCCGGCGCUUUCGAGUUAAUCUUUGUAGGUGAGCUUAAAGCCAUCGCGACGACACUGAAGAUAGUAAAGGAGGCUGCUGUUUGGCACCUUGCUUUCCAACGGCACUUCCAGGACGGCAUAGUCCGCCAAGCAAAUGGCUGUCCUAACACGGGCAUUGAUCCUGUCGCGGCCGUUCUAGCAAGGCACUUGCCUGGUAUAUUAAGAGGCACAUCAUGCGUUAAGUUUGCGGGAUGUAGACCGCAUUCGCUGGGGUCAGAUGUAAAUCAAUUGCUUGGGAAGAAUCGUAAUCUUAUGACUGUGAAGACUGGGCUUUAG